AUGGCCAAUGGGCUUGGUGUUGAAGCAAGUGACGAAAAUGCAUUUGAAUUGUAUUCUGAAAAAGGAAAUUCUGUAGCACGGUUCAAUGUUGGUCUCCGGUUUAAAUUAAAAUCUGCUCUUACUGGAAAUGUUAAUACAAUGAAUUCUACUGGAAAGAGUUAUGAAUUUGCUACAGAAAAUGACGAUUCUAUUAACCAAUAUAUGGUUGGGAAAUACCUUUGUGAAGGAUGUGGAACUAUGCAAGAUAUUAAAAAAGCUAUAUAUUGGUUAAAUAAAAUAGGAAUAACGAUACCUAUAGGUUACUAA